CCUCUGUCCGUCCGAAGCUGAACCUCCUAGCAAGGAGCGGCGACCCUGGCCCCAAUUUCGAUUCCUGAUGCUCGUAGACGACCUGAUAGCCCAGCUAUCAGCAGCUGCUUGCACUUCAGAUGCAGAAGAGUCCACUUCCUACCAGGAAUUGGCGGAUGAGCUUUUGGCGCUCCAGUCCAUCUACGCUCUGGACGAUCCGGCAGCGCUGAAGGUCGUGUCGCUGUACGCCUCGAGUGCCGAAUCCCAGAAUGGGCAGGAGAAGCAGUCAUUGCAGAAGUGGCAGCCGAGUUGCAAGGUCCGGCUCGCUCUGGACUUGCCGCUCGACCUGCCCAAUGUCCCCUCUGGUUCCUCGUCCUCCGCUCCUCCUACUUCUCUGCGUCUGUCCAUCACUCUCCCUCCCUCCUACCCUUCCUCCAGCUCCGCACCCCAGCUUCAGCUCCUGGAUCGCUUUAUAGGCGACUACGAAGUCGACGCAUCCCUCUUCGGUCAGGUCCUGCGGACUUUCUUCCACCAUAGCGAUGGGCCGAGCGUAGGGGGUAGGGAAGGAGCAGGCGUGCAGUGGCAGAGCGGGGAAGUGGUCCUCUUUGAAGGAUGCGAGAGCGUCAAGGAGCGGGUUGAGAAAUGGUACAAGCAGCAAAAGAAGAGGGAAGAGGAGAGGAGGAAGAAAGACGGAAGAGGUGCAGUAGGAGCAGUAGUCUCCUCAGGGGGUGGCAGCGAGACGAGCCCCACUGUGAUUUCUCAAGACGAAGAAGGCAAACCAAGACCAGCCGUCUCGCGGCCGAAGACUGGCUCGUCAGUAGCAGAUGCAGAGCUCCAAAGGCUCAUCUCCUCGAAGAAAUGGACUUCGACCGCCCCCCUCCUAGAGCGCAAGUCCACCUUCAUAGGUCACGCGAUCCGCCUUGACCGGGCAGAAGAGGUGCCACUACUGCUACAGUCUCUGCUCGACCUGUAUCCACGAAUGGAAAAGGCAACACAUCCACUCAUGAGGGCCUGGGCUUGCACCGAGUCGGGAGAAGCUACAGGAGGAGGGAACCACGAGAAGGGGAGAAAGGUCGUACAUAGAGACUGUGAUGACGAUGGAGAGAGUGCUGCUGGAGGGCGCUUGGCUCAUCUCCUUGAGAUGCUGCACCUGGACAAUGCCCUCGUCGUCGUCACCCGCUACUACGGUGGAAUCCAUCUAGGCGCAGAUCGCUUCAAGUUGAUCAACCGUGUAGCUCGCGAUGCACUCGAGGCGGCUGGGCUCCUUUCACAGAGCGGGGCAAAGGGCAGCGCAGGCUAGGGGAGCGGGAGCAGCGGGCAACCUGCUCAGGUGGAAACCUGUACUGUACUUGUAUUAGUCAUCACUCAUCACCAUCCACACAACAGCCCAUUUGCAUUCACAGAACGGUAUGAGCUUCCAUACUUGAGCAAUUGAGAGAUCUCAC